AUGGCUUUGGUUCCCAUUCGCCCACCGCCCACCGAUCUCGCCGAAAUUGCCACAGAAGAGGCGCGGUGCACCUUCACGCGCUUCACCGCCGAGACCGCCUGGACGCUGGGCAGCAUGCUCCGCACGCGCCUCCGCCAGGCCUCUCCCAGGCCCGCCGUGGUCAACAUCACGCUCGCGAACAGCGACCAGCUCCUCUUCCACGCCGCGUCGGGCUCGGGGACGGCCCCAGACAACGACCAGUGGGUCGCGCGCAAGCGGCGCGCGGUCCUCCGCUGGGGGGCGAGCACCUGGGCGCUGCACAACAAGUACCGGGGCGACGAGCUCGCGUUCGCGGGGAAGUUCCAGCUGGGCCCGAGGGGCGGGGACUAUGCGAUUCAUGGUGGCGGGUUCCCGGUGCGGGUGAAGGGCGUGGAGGGCGUCGUGGGCGUGAUUGUGGUCAGCGGGCUGACGAUGCAGGAGGACCAUGAGGUGAUUGUGGAGGUUAUUGAGGAGUAUCUGCAGAAGGUCGCCAGCGGGGAGAUCAACGACUAA